UCAGUGUGGAAGUGAUCUUUUUACAGUUAUUCACUGCAGUCACUUUUGCAGGAGAAAGUUAUGGAUUUUGUGUGUCUGAUGUGCUUGGCGCUGACCGCUGGUGAGUGGUUCGCCUCCGCGGAGAGACACGCAAUAUACUGGAACAGCUCCAACGAAAACUUCCUGUGGGACGACUAUACAGUGGAGGUGCACCUCAACGACUACCUGGACAUCAUCUGUCCUCACUACACCCACGGAGAGGUGCUGUCCCAUCAGGCCGAGCGUUACAUCCUGUACAUGGUGGAGAAGAAAGAUUACGACGUGUGCAAACCUCACUCCUUCGAUCAGCUCCGCUGGGAGUGCUCGCGGCCCUUCGCCCCCUUCACUCCGAAGAAAUUCUCUGAAAAAGUCCAACGCUAUACAACCUUCAGGCUGGAAAAGACGUUUAGAAGAGGAGAGAGCUACUAUUACAUCUCUAAGCCAAUGCAUCACCAUGGUGCAGACUGCCUGAAGCUCAGAGUGGAUGUAGUUGGACCCAAAGGCUCUGCAAAGACGUCCCAGGAGAAGUCCAAGGCAGCAAAGACAGAAAAAAGCUUAGAUGAAGAACAUAAAAGAUUCUCUCCUGUUGGGAGGAUCCACAACCCUUCCAGCCGGCUUUCAGAGGGAAAAAAACAACUUCUGAUCAAGCCUCACACCACUAACCAGCUGCCCCAAAUGACCAGUCAGGUUCAGCCGCCCAGCCUGAAUCGUCCCGCCACCUCUCCACCAGAAAGCCUGACAGAUUUCAAACAACAAAUCACAAAGCAUCUACUAGACAUUUGCAUCCCACACGUUGAACUGUAUUAUAAGGAUAAAACUGCAUUUUCUAACAAAAUAGACCAUGGCUUUCAAAUUGAAGGAUACACAAUCACACUUGAAGAAAUUGCUCAUAUGCUUACAAUAUAUAAACGUGCCAAGGACCGCAUUCAAUCAACUGGGGAGGCAAAGAUUACAUGGGAUUAUUAUUUGCAAAUGGAUGACAUUUUUGGAAGGUCUCAAGUGGGGACUGUAAUUUCAACUCCACUCCCAUGCCCUUCCACACAGCCAUUGGGCCCAUCCACACUGCCCCCUGAUCCUUCCACACAGACAUCAAGCCCUUCCUCACAAACCCCAGAUCCUUCUACAGAGCCAUCAAGCUCUUCCUCACAGACCACAGAUCCUUCUACAGAGCCAUUGAGCACUUCUUCACAGACCACAGAUCCUUCUACAGAGCCAUUGAGCACUUCUUCACAGACCACCGAUUAUUCCUCAGAGCCAUCAAGCCUUUCUUCACAGACCACAGGUCCUUCUACAGAGCCAUUGAGCACUUCUUCACAGACCCCAGAUCCUUCCACAGAGCCAUCAAGCCCUUCCUCACAGACCUCCACAGAGCCAUCAAGCCCUUCCUCACAGACCUCCACAGAGCCAUCAAGCCCUUCCUCACAGACCUCCACAGAGCCAUUGAGCCCUUCCUCACAGACCUCCACAGAGCCAUCAAGCCUUUCUUCACAGACCACAGGUCCUUCUACAGAGCCAUUGAGCCAUUCCUCGCAGACCUCCACAGAGCCAUCAAGCCUUUCCUCACAGACCACAGGUCCUUCUACAGAGCCAUUGAGCCCUUCCUCACAGACCCCAGAUCCUUCCACAGAGCCAUCAAGCCUUUCUUCACAGACUACAGGUCCUUCUACAGAGCCAUUGAGCCCUUCCUCACAGACCUCCACAGAGCCAUCAAGCCUUUCUUCACAGACCACAGGUCCUUCUACAGAGCCAUCAAGCCCUUCGUUACAGACCCCACACAGCAAAUGAACCUUUCUUCACAGAGCCCAGAUCUUUCCACACAGCCAUCAAGCCCUUCCUCACAGACCUCCACAGAGCCAUCAAGCCCUUCCUCACAGACCUCUGAUCCUUCCACAGAGCCAUUGAGCACUUCUUCACAGACCCCAGAUCCUUCCACAGAGCCAUCAAACCUUUCGUCAGAGACCCCACACAGCCAAUGAACCUUUCUUCACAGACCCCAGAUCCUUCCAAAGAGCCAAUGGACUUUCCAGAUCCUUCCUCAGAGCCAUCAAGCCUUUCCUCACAGACCUCAUAUUCUUCCACACAACCAAUGGUCCCUUCCUCAUAGCUGCUGAGUUGAUCUUGGUCAAAAAGAAGGCAAAAGCGUUUGAGAUUAGAAGAUCUACAUGAGGUCCAUGCUGAGCGGAGGACAGUUGCAUUGUAGGCAACGGUGUGUCUUGAUCAUAAUAGGUACAUUAGACUUUAGGGAACAAACAUGGAAGGGCAUAAAAGCUCACCUGCAUUUCAACUAUUCUUCAAGAAAUAAAGCAUAUAUCAGAGCAACAGAAACAAAUAAUGAAAGAAUUGAAACAAUUUGAUUAAACACAAAUAAAAACA